AUGUCAUCGAUUGCUGGCGACGCGGACGGACUUCCAUUUGUGGGCCACACCCUCAGUACCGCCGAGCGUGCGGCGCUGCAGUCAUCCAUCCCACUGUUGUCUUCGCGGUAUGAGACACCCGUGCGUUUCUGGGGCAAGAUCCUUGGCUACAAGGGAGACUAUCUCGUGGCGCAGGCUAUGCCGGACGGGGUGUUUGGCAAGCGCUUCAGCUUCUUCAGCGUGGACGGUGGCUCCUCGUGGCGUCUGCUAGACCCCAUCACCGAGGAAGAGGCGGAGUUCUGCGACCAACUACGCGGUAUUUACAUGGGUAAUCCGACGUUUAUGUAUAAAGUGCGGCGUGAUAUUCCACCCGAGCCUGAGCCGACUGUGGCGGUGCCUGACGCAGAUGCGGCGUUGACGGCGGCACGUGAGAAGUACGGCGCCGCUGAGGAGGGAGGGGUUGAUGGGGAGGUGGGGGAGGAGGAGGAGGAAGAAGAAGAGGACAACGGCGAAGAGGAGAACGAGGAGGAUGAGGAAGAAGACGAAGAGCAGCAUGUGGAGCAACCAAAGAAGAAGCGACCAAAGUUCAUGAUUCUUGCCGUGCCCGAGACAGUUCGACUGGCGCAUUUUAUUCAGUUGCAUGAUGCGGCAUGCGCGCUUGUUGUACGGGGGCAGUAUGUGUUUACGCCGAGUGGUAGCGGGGUCUCAAAGAAUGCAAUGUUUGCUGGCCAACCUGUGCGCCAUGCGAUUAAGCCGUCGUGUUAUUUGCGUGUCUUUCAUCCUGGCAAGGAAGAGCGGAAUCGCAUCUUGUAUGGCCCAACCUACAGCAGUGUGACGGACCGGCUUUCGCCCAUCACCGAUGACGAGCCGCAGGGUGUGUGGGUGGUGAAGUAUGAUCCUACUGCGAGCAUGGUCACGGUGCAGAAUUUAUUCUUUAGCGGAUCACUCUUUUGGUACCACCCUGGUACAAGUGACUCAGGUCAGGUGUACUUCGGAAACGGCGAGCGCGACUUUGAGGUUUGUUUUCUUCUUUAG